UGAGAGAAAAGGGAAGGUAGCAAGUGAGAAUUUUUUUUUUCGUAGAAGAGUGUUUUGUGUACGUUUGUGUUCUUAUUCGAGCGCUGAGUAUUGCAUUGAAUAUGCCAGUUUUAGAAAGUGGACAUACCUUCUCACUUAGGAUAUUCGUUAUUUUGGUCACUUUCCUACAACAAUGGGGGGUGUCAGCCGGGGAGUCAUCAUCAACCGCCGCCACCUCAGCUGGUCUGCCACCACCUACCCUCAGAGUGGAGUCCAGGUCCAGUGACCAGGUGACUCUGGUCUGCCAGGCCCCACAGAGCCACCAGGGGGUUCUGUUCAACCUGUUCCGAGUCACGGACCAGGUGGAUUCCUUCGCGGCCCCCCAGGGGAGUGCGAAGGCUGUGUUCGGGCUCAGAGCUGAGACAGUAGCAACAGACCAACAGCUCUACUGCUGUCUGUACAAGAACUCCCAGGGUGUCUACAGCGCCUUCAGCCCCUACCUCAGCCUGACGCCACCCCCACCAGCUCCAGGCGCAGCAGCUAGUCCCUCACCAGCAACGCCCCCUUCCCCUGUCCUGUCUGUAGCACCCCCUAGUGGCCACGUUAGGCGUGGACAGAUGCUGUCCUUCCAGUGUUCCCUCCCAGUAACCCAUCCCACACCCCAGCCACACCCCCAAGGGCAGUCCAAGCGCAGCCAAACAUCAUUGACCUUUGUCCUGGUGAAGAAAGCCCUGGUGACCGGGGACACCUCCGUGGUGCUCCAGCCUCAGGCCACCCGCCAGACGCCCAACACCACCGCCCAGUUACGAGCCUUCAGCGUGGGCCCGGUGAAGGGAGGCGAUGGGGGGUCCUACGCCUGUAUGUACCAGCUCUCCAAGAGGAGGCGACUGUACAACUCCACGUUCAGCAACGUCAUUCAAGUCACCGUCACAGACCAGCUGCCCCGGCCCACCCUGGCUCUCCUACACCAGGGGGGAGUGUGGCUCCUGUCUUGCAAAGGGUCUGCAGCCUACCCCGGGGCCUGGUUCUACCUGUUCCAGGGUGACAGCAGGCUCCCCAUGGCUACGCACCAGGCCUCCGCGACCAGCCACCAGGCUGCCUUCUCCCUCCCCGUCCGGGACCAGCCCACAGUGCAGUAUGAGUGCCGCUACAGUGCCCUGCUGGGAGACCACAGGAGCGAGUCUGAGCCCAGCGUCCCUCUGGAGACAGGCCUAGGGAUACCGCCUACUCCUGCACUAGGUGCUUUCAGUGUGGACUGGCCCCUGGUAGCAGGGUCCUUCUCAGCCGUGGUCCUGUUCAUCAUUGCAGUGGCUCUGUUUGUAUAUAUGGUCCAGAGAAAAGUGCGUGGAUUCGCUGAUGAGAAGAAGAAAAGGAAGGAAGCUGAGUUCUGGAGCAAGUGUCAGGCUAAAGAUCACAUGGCUGAUCCGGAACCCAGACAUUCAGCUUCCACAUCCCACGAAUGUGCCAGCGGGACUGCAGACACGGCCCCCAGAUCGUCUGUAUGGAAUCCUCUCUCUACCUUUUCAAGUCCAAGCAUCCAUUAAUCUAUUCUAUUCUAUUCUAUUAAUUCUUUUAAUUCUGUCUUUCUUUCUUGUAAUAUCCCACAUCAGAGAAAUGCUGUAAUUGAUUUGAAGCAAUACGAUUGUACAACCUUCUUAGAGGACAUGACGACGUUUGCAAUGUGUUUUGACACACAGCUGAAUGGAAUACACUGUAGCAAUGAUGUCGUUGAUGUUUUGGUUCUGUUUUGUAAUAAAAUG